CAGUGGCGGCCACUUCGGGUGAUGUCUACUGGCCGUCACUCCUGACAUCGGCCUGUCUGUGAUACAGCGGAAUGGGAGCAGAGUGUGUGCAGUGAGUGGACGUGUGGCCAGAAUAUGCCCCUCUGUACCAGUCUGUUUUUGGACUGAGAUGUCUAUUCUGUCUGCUCAAUGGUGAAGGCCCAGCGUAUCUAUCUGAUAUGAGCCGAACCGAACCCUCGGUUCAUUAGGAAUGAGUCAGUUAGUCCUGCCUGAGCUGUCUGUGUACGGUGUUACCUUCACUGACAAGCAUAGGCAGCAGCAGACUACAGUAACUGUACCCCCCACCCUCUUCCUCAUCACCAACCAAUCAAAUGCACCCAGAAAAUAAACUUACCAAUCAUGGCAAGCAAGUGAGCAGCAGCGCCCAAUCACAGAUCCCUAAUGUGAAUCUGCAACAACCGCAGGGACCCGGGGGCAACCUGGGGUCCAAGGGCGGAGGGGCGGGCAAUCAUGGAGUUAAAACCAAUCAGAUUUCUCCCAGCAACCCUGGGCUGAAGAGCGUGAGCCAAUCAGGUGCCGGCAGUGGCAGUGUUGGGGUUGGAGGGAUGCUGAAGACCAAGGCCAAGAGGGAGAGAAGCGUCUCCAUGGAUGCAGGAGACCAAAGAGAUAGCAUCACCCCUGUUCUUGAGCCUGAUGCCAAAGUAGAGGGUGUGAUGCGCAGUAAGCGGCGCUGUGUGUUAGAGAAGAAGCAGCCGUACAGUGGAGAUGAAUGGUGUUCAGGUCCUGACACCGAAGAGGAUGAGGAUAAACCCCCCUCUACUACACACCGGGAGCGUGUGAUGGCAUGCCCUGGUCAGUCCCUGUCUGGGCCCUCCACAGUGGGGUCGGCGAACACUGAGCAGGGGGGCCCAGUUUUGGGACGUGGCGUCGGACCGGCACCACUCUCCGAUCUGCCAGCACGUCCUGCUCAGCAGGUUGUUUAUGUCUUCACCACCAGUCUCGCCAACAGUGCUGCAGAGGCAGUCAUGCAUGGCCACACUGACUCCAUCCUCAUGUUUCACCAGCAGAAUGUACCCCGCACCAAACUGGACCAGCAGUGUACUGGUAUGGGAAAGCUCCCCAGUCUUUCAGAACAGCUCAGUACCAGUAGCACCCCACCUAUGGGUACGCCCAAAUCCCAGAGCGGAACUCCUAGGCCUGCCUCAGUUGGGGGUGUAGUUGGAGGAAACAUAGCGACUACUGGCACCCCCUCUUCCACCAGUCACACAGAGGGUGAACCCACGCAAAACCGCCAAGGGGGAGGUUCUAGUAAUAACGGUGGUGCUGGGACUCACUCGACGGGUCCAGGGGGAUCAGGACCACAGAGUGGGGGAGGAUCGGGUCCAGGAGGGGUGGAGGGCCCAAGGUCACUCCCCAACCCCAGCACAGCAGUUUCCCCCUCCUCCAGUCCCUCUGUGCUAUCUACACACCUCCAAAAUGAUGGAAGUCAGCGAGGAGGACCAAGCAAUGCUGAUGGACUGUCUAAAGAGCAGUUGGAGCAUCGUGAGCGAUCUCUACAAACGCUAAGGGACAUUGAGAGAUUGUUCCUCCGUGGUAAUGACCCCGGAGGCCCCAAUGGUAAUCCCAAUAAUAACACCAAUGUUAAUAACAAUAACAAUGCAGAUGGCAGUGGGGUACUGGAAGAUGGUGAGAAUGUUGCUGGCAAUAGUACCGGGAUGCCUGCCAUGGCUGUAAUGAAGAAGUAUGAGGAACCUCUGCAGUCCAUCAUCUCCCAGACGCAGAGCCUUGGUGGACCUGGCCUGGAUGAGCCUCCCAUGGGCCCACAACACCAUGGCCUGCCCCCCCACCCACACCCCCACCCCCACCCCCACCCUCACCAUCUCUCCUCACCUUCUGGGAUGGACAUGGGCCCCAUGCUUGGGCCAGAUGGGCUUACCCCAGAGCAAAUCGCCUGGAGGAAGCUACAGGAGGAGUACUACCAGGAAAAACGGCGGCAGCAGGAGAUGCACCCGCAACACUUCCGUAUGAUGCCUGACAUGGGGAUGCCAGGGGGGCCUCCACACAUCAUGAUGAGGGGUCCUCCACCUCCAUAUCACAGCAAGCCUGGUGACCAGCAGUGGGGACCUGGACCCAUGAUGGGGGGAACCAUGGGGGGGAAUGCCCGGAUGAUGGACAUGCACCAAGAGGGGCCUCGAGGCCCCAGGUUCCUUGGGCAGGUGCCACGAGGGCCUCCAGGUGGUGGGGGUUAUCCUGGCAGCCCUGGUGGAGUUCUAGGUAUGGAGGGACUUGGGACUCAGAGACCUUCCAGACCAGGCAUGGGUUGGCUGGAGGACUUGCCUGGAGGUCCGUUUCAUGGAUGCUACCCCCCUGGAGGGCCUGGUGGACCCCCUCAGCACCUUCAGGGGGAUCCAGAUCGCCUCCUGACCAGAGAAGAAGUGUUCCGGAUCAUGGAGAAGCGGCAGCUGCAGAGACUAGAGCUAGACCGGUUAGCCAAGCAGCAGGGUGGGCUUGGGGGUCCCAGACUGAUGGAGAACCCUGGUGGCCCAGGAUUCCCUAACAUAGGUGGUGGGCCCUCUGCCAGAGGUGAUCCAAUGGACUUUCCCGGCUCACGGGGCAUGAUUGGUUCCCCUAUUGGGGCAGGUGGUGGUGGUGUCCCACCUAUGAGAGACAUGGUUGACUCGCCUUUGGGGGGUAACCUGAACAUGAGCAUAGGAAUGAAUUUGAACCCACAACAGCAGCAAAUGUUGGCUCAGAAGCUGAGGGCAGGAUCUGGUGGAGGGGGUCCUAUAGGAGAGAUUCUGAGUCCAGAGGACAUAUCUCGCCUCAGGGCUGCACAGAAUGGGCGGGGGGGUCCUAACAAGGGGAUGAUCCCUGGCCCAGAGGGGCCUCUCCAGUUUCCCAACCAUGGCCCAUUUCCCGGUGGUGGUAGUUCAGGCGAAGGACCUUACCUCCAGCAGCCAGGUCAUGAAGCGUUCAUUCAAGACCAGCCAGGUCCUCCCCAGACAGGUGGCACCUCAAGGCUCAGCCACAUGCCCAUGAAUGCUGGUCCGACAGGAGCUGACCUUGGUGGCCGCCACCCCUCUGAUUUGUCAAUCAACGUAAACCCAUUGGGCUCACCAGCCAUGCCCCCUCCUCACCAGCUUAAGUCCCCAUCUCUAAGCCAAGAGCCUUCACCCCUUAUGCCCUCACCUUCUGCCCCGGGCCUCAAAUCCCCUACUCAACUGCCCUCAACAGGGCCACCCCACAAUCCUCUCCCUGCUGCUACUGGUGCAGGAACACCCUCCUCUUCUUCUAUGAAGUCCCCCCAGGUAAUCGGUCCUUCUUUGGGGCUACGCUCCCCUUCUGGCUCCCCUGGACACCUCAAAUCACCAGUCAUGCCGGUGGCCUCUCCCGGCUGGACUGCUUCCCCUAAAACUACCUUACCCAGCCCAGGGGGACCACCUAGUGGAAAGGGAACAGGUAAUGGAGGAAGUAGCUCUACUGAGACAGGUCUUUCCCUGCCACCCAGGAGCACAAAUUCAACUCCCAUCAGCCAGCCUGGUUCCCUUAAUCCCAGUAUGCCCUUCACCUCAUCACCAGAUGCCCCACCUUCCCAGAAUCCUCUGUCCCUCAUUAUGUCCCAGAUGUCCAAGUACGCCAUGCCCAGCUCCACUCCACUCUACCAUGAUGCCAUCAAGACCAUCGCUACAUCUGAUGAUGAGAUGCUGCCUGAUCGGCCGCUUCUGCCUGGAGUAAACAUGCCAGGUAACAUGGGAAACCACCAGUCGAACCAAAUGGCUCUCUCUCAGGGUGCUAUGGGACCUCACAGUAGCCCUCAAAGCCCCAUUGGAAUGGUCCUCCAAGGAGGUCAACAGCUGUCCCAUGAUCCCUCUGGGCCCAUGCUUCCUUCACCGAACCCCAUAGGCAUGCCCGGUAUGAACCCAAUGAUGGCUGGUGGCGCAGGCCCCCCAGAUGGUAUGGGACCCUGCAGUGUCUCCCCAAUGCAUUCUCAAAACCAGAUGGGAGUUUUUUCCCGAAUGCAGCCCCCUUCACAUGGACCUCUGCACUCUCCAAUGGGAGGGAUGGGACAGCAGUAUCCACAGCCACCAGAGGAUGUCCUCUCACCCCAACAGAUGCACCUCCUCAGCAAGGGCCUGCCCCACCCACGCGCCCCCCAGCCACCAGAAUCCUUCCCCCCAAUGUCAAUGGGCGAUGGGCCUGACUUGAGUGAGGUGAUCCGGCCCACACAUACAGGCAUCCCUGAGUUUGAUCUCUCACGUAUCAUUCCAGCUGAUAAACCUAGCAGCACUCUGCAGUAUUUCCCCAAGAGUGAAGCCCUAGCUCAGCCGCAACCCAACUUGCACCAGGGCCAACAGCCCCAGCAGGCCCCUCCAGCACAGCUCUUGAAGCAGCUCACCUCCUCUGGACCUCCCCCAUCCUCUGCCUCUUCCAACCCCCACAUUGCCAAUCUGCAGAACAUGAUGGCUGAGCAGCAGCUUCCCUUGCACCCCUCACACUGUGGCCUCCGGUCAGGCAUGGGAGGUCCUAGGGGCAUGGGUUCAGGUGGAGGCAUGGGACCUGGACCAGGGCCAAUGUGCCACCCAGGGCACAUGAUGGGUAGGACAGGCAUGGUAUCCCAGCCACAGCAGCUCCAGCAGCAACACCACCAGCAGCAGCAAGCCAUGAUGACCAACAGCAUCCUCCAGCACCCCUCCCAUCCUCCCCCAGGUAUGAUGUCACCUCAGCAGCAGCAUUCACACAGUCUGAAGGCCCAACAGAACCUUAUGAUGAUGCAGGCCAAGCAGAGGGGUAUGGCCCUGCCAGGGGAACACUUUGGUCAGCCUGGGCCCCUCAUGUCUCCCCAGGGUCCUAUGAUGGGGCCCCCACACCCUCAGUCAGGCAUGAUGGGCCCCCAGUCUCUCAGACAGAGAGGGAUGUCUCUGGACAGUCCUCUGGGCUAUGGACCAAGCAGUAUGGCCAACAUGCCCUUCUGAGUAUGCUACUCUUUCAAAAAUGUACAAACUUUUGUUCUUUAUUUGGUUGUUUCCAACUCUGAACAUCUUUUUAUUGAUGUUAAUCAAAUAUGGCACUCACUGAUAAUUGAUAUUAGUAAAUUUUUUUCAUUCUGAAAUAGGUUUGGGGCGGGAAACAAAAUUUAAAAAAUGAGGUGCACCAUUACAGUUUAGCAGUAAAUUCUGAAGCCAUUUUUUAAGAUAUUUGUAUAGUAUGUAUAUUUCACGUAAAUGUUUUUGUUUCAAAAGAGGUGACAGGUGAAAAAAAACCCUCUUUGUUUCUA